CCCACCGACCCUCCUUCUCAGCAUGGCCACCCUCGUCCCGCCACGCUCCGCCAAGCGGCAACGUCUGGCCAACGCCGCAGCCGACAAGGCGGCGGCGGCCAUGGCCGAUGCCGGCCAGCUCGGCCCCGCCGCCGAGACGCUCGUCGUGCAGCUGCGCUCCGCCGGCGCCGACGGCGUGCCGCUGGGCCCCGCCAUCAGCCUGCCGGCAGCGACGGGCCAGCGAGAGCUCGAGAUGCUCGUCAACCAGCUGCGUCGCCAGGCACGCGCAGAGCGCCGACCGCGCAGCGGCGAUGCCGACGAGGAUGACGAUGACGCCGAUGAGGACCUGCCGUUCGCCUUCCACGUUGCGCUGCCCGAGGCACCCGGCGCCGCAGCCACGUCGGCGGCCAACAUGCGCCUGCAGAUCAGCAAGAGCAUCGCCGACGAUGUGCUCAAUGCCGCUGCCGCCAAGCGCCUCGGCCUCAGCUCUGAAGACACGCUCUCCAUCGUGUUCGAGCCGCAGGCCGUGUUCCGUGUGCGGCCCGUGACGCGCUGCACCAGCACGCUGUCUGGCCACGCCUCGCCUAUUCUCUGCUCCUCCUCCUCGCCCACCGGCACCCUGCUCGCCACGGGCGCCGGCGACAAGACGGCGCGGAUAUGGGAUGUCGAGUCGGAGAUGCCGCUGCACACGCUGGCCGGGCAUCGUGGCUGGGUGCUGUGUGCCGAGUGGGAGGGACGCGAGCGACGCUUGGCGACUGGCGACAUGGAGGGCGAUGUGUGGGUCUGGGACGCGCUCGACUCGAGCGAGGGCAAGACGGGCCGGCGGGCAUGGGGCGUCAAGAGCGCAAAGACGAUUGAUGAGGAGCGUGCGGCCGCUACGGCGACACAAGACGCAGCGGACGGCGCAGAGGCCACUCCGGCCAAGACGAAGAUGACGGUGGCAGAGAAGCGGGCAGCACGGCACGCGGCGCCGCAGGGCAAGGUGCUCAAGGGGCACACCAAGUGGAUCACGUCGCUGUCGUGGGAGCCGAUCCACUCCAAUGCCGCUGCGCCACGUCUCGCAUCCUCCUCCAAGGACGGCACCGUCAAGGUGUGGAACGUCUCGACGCGUCUCUGCGAAUUCACGCUCGGCGGCCACUCGGCCAGCGUCAAUGUGGUGCGCUGGGGCGGCGAGGGCGCCAUCUACACUGCCAGCUCUGACCGCACGGUCAAGGUGUGGGAUGCCGCCAGCGGCAAGCUGAUCCGCACGCUCAACGAGCAUGCGCACUGGGUCAACACUCUCGCUCUCUCGACGGACUUUGUGCUGCGCACCGGUCCCUUCGACCACCACGGCAAGCUCGCCAAGCCGGCGCCCGGCGCGCCAGACGCUGCGACGGACGCCGACGGCGCGGCGAAGGCGUCUGCACUGGCGCGCUACCGUGCCGCUACGGCAGGUCAGCGAUUCGAGCAGGCCAUCUCCGGCUCCGACGACCACACGCUCUUCCUCUGGGCGCCGCAGAUCUCCGGCGAUGUUUCGCUCGGCGCCGCGGGCGGCGCGACGCCCAAGAAGUCUCUGGCGCGGCUGACGGGCCAUCAAAAGACGGUGAACCACGUCUGCUUCUCUCCCGAUGGCCGUCUCGUCGCCAGCGCGGGCUUCGACAAUGCCGUCAAGCUCUGGGACGCGCGCACCGGACGCUUCAUCGCGACGCUGAGAGGACACGUGGCGAACGUGUAUCGCGUCGACUGGAGCGCUGAUAGCCGGCUGCUCGUGAGCGCAAGCAAGGACAGCACCGUCAAGCUGUGGGAUUUGCGCACGUUCAAGCUGCGUAUCGACCUGCCAGGCCACUCGGACGAGGUCUACUGCGUCUCGUUUGCCGCUGACAAGGUCGUCAGUGGCGGGCGUGACAAGACGCUCAAAAUCUGGCGCAACUAGACGGCUGGGCAGCGAUAUUCUGGGGCACGAUGGUUGCACACAUGCAUGUCACGCACACAUUCUUCCUUGGGCUAAUCAGACAGAGCUCG